AAAAAAAUCAACUAGUUAUUCUAGAACGAUUUCCGACGAAGUUGCCAGGAUAAUCACAGAUUUGUUGACAACAGAGCCCGCAUAUGUGAAUAUCGUGCCACCACCCUACGACGCCUGGAAUACUUACAAGGAAAAAGUCGCGAAAUCCUCUGGUAGAGAGGACAGAACAGUGGAAUUGUCUUAUCCCAUAUUAUUACCUGGAAAGCUUACGGAUCUACUACCUAUUCCAAAAAUGAGGAAUAGAGCAGAUCUAUCAAACUGA